AUGGCCAAAACAAACAUCGAUCUCAUUGACGAAGUCGACAUGUUCCCGUAUGCCGAGACUGAUCCCGAUGCUUUCACCAAAAUGAAUGCCGGGCUCUAUACUCUGGUAUGGAGAGAUAGCAAAGGCACAUACCCUGUUGGGUACAUCCUAGACCGUGUGGCCAGAGAGCUACACCAGGUUCCUGAAGAGGUCAGGGGAGAGAUGGAAUGCGAUGACGAGAAGAAAACUAUUGUGCUCUUUCAGGAACCUACAGAGGAACAACGUACUCGUCGCGCGGCGACCCUGGCCGACUAUUGGCGGAAGAAUGGGACAUUCCCUCUUCUACGUCGCUGGCGCGACGAACUCUGGCCUGUAUACGGACGAAGUGGCGAGCUAUUGUUCAGCAUGGAACGAGCUGCAAUAGGCUUGCUUGGUACGGUGCGUUACGGCGUUCACAUGAUCGCGUAUGUCAAGGACGAGACUGCACCUCACGGCAUUCGCCUCUGGGUCCCUACGCGUGCUCGGGACAAGGCAACCUUUCCCGGCAUGCUUGAUAAUACCGUGGCAGGUGGUUUGAUGACAGGAGAGGACCCCUUCGAAUGCGUCAUUCGCGAGGCUGACGAGGAAGCCAGUCUUCCCGAUGAUAUCGUUCGCAAGGGUGCCAAGUUUGUCGGCAAUGUCGCAUACAUCUACAUCACGGACGAGGGACAGGUUGGCGAAGGCGGCUUCAUUUAUCCUGAGUGCCAGUGGUUAUACGAUCUCGAGCUUCCCAGCGAUGUAAUUCCUCAACCCAAAGAUGGUGAGGCGGAGAAAUUUGACCUCUGUGACGUUAAUCAAGUCAAGGCGGAUCUCGCCGAGGGUCGAUUCAAGUCCAACUGUGCCCUCGUCACCCUCGACUUUUUCAUUCGUCAUGGAAUUCUUACUGACGGAAACGAGCCCGAGAUUGAGCAGAUCAAGCGGAGAGUGCGCCGCGACAUUCCUUUCCCAGGUCCGCAUCAAAGCAAUUGGCGCUCAUUGUGA